AUGGCCGAAGACAAUUCUCAUCCCCCAUCGUUGCGACAUGAGCCGCAACUCACCCCUGUUGCAGAAAAAUCACUACCGGCAAAAUGCAAGACCACCACGCUGAAGUAUUGUCCUACGAUAGACCUUAUCUCCCUUGUAACAGAGGAUGACGAAUUACGAGUCUUCCGACUGAAUGGACAGAAGGUCUUUGGGGGAUCGUUCAAGGGAGAUCCCUACCUGGAUGAAGACGACGGCGGGGGUGAAAUUCGAAAGUUGAUGUGGAAAAACAAUGGUCACCUACUUGCUGUCGCUUGUGCGGACAAUACUAUCCGUAUUAUUAGUGCUUACAGUGGUAAAAUUGUCCAUCAUUAUCCUGUUUAUGAAGAGCAAAGCGAUGCCGACCGAUCUGUUAAGGUUACUUGUUUGGGCUGGGGUGUGAACUUCACCGAUAGCCAGGUUGCUCAACAGCAAUUGAAAGAGGCUGCCGGGCAAAUAUCCGUCGAAGACCUGCUGUCGUCGGAUGUACAUCCAUCAAAAGCAGCUGCCUUACUCAAAGCUGACCUACCAAGGGAGCUAGCUUUACUAGACAUCGAGAGCUCACUACCUAAAUUAAGCACACUGCCCGCGACCGGGAGCGAGUAG